AUGCAGGUCCUCGGAGUUGACCUGAGCCCUAUACAACCUAAAUUCGUCCCGCCGAAUUGCCAGUUCGAGGUCGACGAUAUCGAGAAAGAGUGGACUUGGUCAGAGGCAUUCGACUUCAUCUUUUCUCGGUCCAUGAAUGCUGCAUUCAAGGAUCGUGCAGAUUUCGUCGCCAAAGCCUUCGAAAAUCUUGAACCUGGCGGAUAUUUGGAAAUUCAGGACAAUGUCUUCCCUUUACUCUGCACCGAUGGUACUAUGCCGGAAGAUUCACUUAUCUACCAGUGGUCGAAACUGAUCAUGGAGGGCACUGAUUUGAUUGGGCAGCCGCUUAAUGAUGCUCCGAAGUUCAAGAAGAUGCUCGAGGACGCUGGGUUCGAGGAUGUGCAGGAGAGGAAGGAGAUCUGGCCGAUAGGCACCUGGCCCGAGAGGGGUACCAAGGAGCAUGAGCUGGGCAUGUGGUGCCGAUCUAUCACCAUGGAAAGUCUGGAAGCUCUCUCUCUUGCUCUAUUUACCCGCGUUCUGGGAUGGUCGCGGGAGGAGACUGUGGUGUUCUGCGCCGGAGCUCGGGAAGAGUUGAGGCAACAAAACAUCCACGCCUACUUCGACGUUUAUGCAACUUGGGGCCGGAAGCCUGAGAAGCAGGAUGAGUCUCAAGAGGGGCCUGCCGGUGUCAGUGCUGUCUGA